UAAUCAAUCUUUUCUGUUUACUUCCUGACAUUAGUGAGGAAUCAGUUUCAUUUCAGCUUCUUAACAAAUAAUCGUCGAAAAUGAACCGACUUUUUGGGAAAGGCAAGGACAAAGCUCCCCCACCGAAUCUGACUGACUGUGUAUCGAACAUUGAUAGUCGAGGAGAAUCUAUAGACAAAAAGGUAGCAAGACUUGACGCUGAAUUGAAUAAAUAUAGAAAUCAGAUGAAAAAGAUGAGAGAUGGGCCAUCAAAGAAUAUGGUCAAACAGAAAGCUAUGCGAGUGUUGAAACAAAAGAAGAUGUAUGAAAGUCAAAGAGAUAAUUUAAUGCAACAGAGUUUCAACAUUGAACAACAAAACUAUGCUAUACAGUCUCUGAAGGAUACAAAAACAACAGUUGAUGCCAUGAAGGUUGGUGUGAAACAGUUUAAGAAGGAGUACAAGCAUGUUAACAUCGACAAAAUUGAGGAUUUACAAGAUGAGUUAGAAGACCUUACAGAACAGUCCAGUGAGAUCCAAGAGAUAAUGGGCCGGAGUUAUGGAAUGCCCGAGGUGGACGAUGACGAGUUGGAAGCAGAGUUAGAUGCCCUUGGGGACGAGAUCGGACUCGAUGAAGAUUCUUCGUAUCUUGAUGAUGCUGUGUCUGCUCCCUCAAUACCCACCGCAGAACCUGGAGCGGACAGUUCUCGGGAUGUUCCUGUGGACGAGUUUGGGUUACCACAGAUUCCUCAGACGGCAAAAUAGUGCAGUGAACAACAUUUAUAUGACUAUGUAUAAUGUGAAUACCAUUGUGUUUCAACUGGAACAAAACAAAAUGACAAAAUGUGAAUUAUGAAGUGUGGUUUUCAUGUAAACCAAUCUUACCAUGUUGUGAUAAUAUGGAUAGGGAAUGUGAUAUAGGGGAGAUAAAUCCGGAGUUAACAGCUAGCUCGUGAUGGAAGGGAAGUAACUCCUGAAAGACAAUAUCCUGGUUUUUUUUUAAUUAAGUUUAUUCUAACCUAACCUCAAUAACGAUAUUUAGUUUUUAAAACAUUAAAUAGCUCUUGUCAGAAUCCUUUUUCAAUUCUUGAAACAUUUAUAGGAUUAUUUUUAGUAUAAUGUUAGAAAGUCUUAACUAAUUGUAAGCAAUUUUAAGAUGAGUUUGUGUGGAAAAUUCUAAAAUUUCACAGAAAUCUUUGUAGCUUUUCUUCACCUGGGAUUUUGAAUAGAAUAUUAGGGAAAUAAAAGCUUGAUGCUUAGAUUCUCAUGAUAUUGUGGAGCUUUAAUACAAAUCAAUAUAUCACUUUCACUCACUUGAAACAGAGCUUAGUAAAUUCAUUGGGAAAAGAUAAUUUUUUGCCUUUUUAGGGAAAAGUACCUGCGUGAUACUUAAUCAAAAUCUAUGAUUGAAGGAUACCAAAGACAUGUUCUGAAAUUUUGAAAGAAAUUUUGAAAGAAAAAUAAGUUUUUAAAUCAUCCAUCCACUAAAAUGAAUAAUAAUGAUUUGAUCUAUGAGCUGUAGUCUAUGACUUGGGUUACAAGAUUCUGACAGCUUAUUCUGAAAUAAUCACCGUAAUGUUAACAGAUGUUGUGCAGCAUUCAUUAAGAAUUGGUGGUUAGAGUGUCGUUACUUUUAAAUGGUGAUAAUUAUUUUGAGUGUUAAUGGAGAGCAUGUUGGUAUAAGAUGUUUAUCAUUCAAGCAAAUAUAAUUAUCUCAGAUCUUGUUUGCCUAUACAAUGUAUGAUGCCUGAUAUUUUACCAAAAAACGUCAGAAAAAUACAUGAUAUUGUAAACUUUAUUUAUUAAAGCCGUAUCAUCUUUAGUAGGUUUAACUCUAGAGGGUUAAGUGUUGAUAACUUGAUCAUCAAAUAUUGUAAAUAAUAAAAUUAAUUACUACAAAA